ACCGACUCCCUGGGUGUAUAAAUACUAAAUAUAACGAUCCAUUUUUCUUAGUGUGCUUUGCAAUCAAAUAUUUGCGUCGCUCAUGCCGUAACACAUUAGCAGUGAAGAUGCAUGCGCCAGCCAUGCUUAUUUAUUUUAGCAUACUAACCUCUCAGAUCCUCAUGGAUAGACUCAACCCUCGAGGCUGUGGUGUCGCAAGACCUCUUGGCCGGAUCUACAAUGGGAAGAAAAUUGGUCGCGUUUACAUGCCCUGGAUAGUGCAUCUCUCACUGGCCUCCAAGUUUGAUCCUAUUACACACGAAAUUACAAUUCAGUAUUGCGGUGGCAGCAUAUUAUCCCCUCGGUUCAUUCUGACGGCAGCACAUUGCGUCGGAACAGGUGGCCACCGAGCAGCAGAGGUUCGAGUUUAUUACAAUACCACACACGUAGGUAAAGGGCCCUUCACUGUGACUAAAGAAUUUAUAGCACACCAGCUUUUCAAGAACAACUCUGCUGGAUACGACAUAGCGCUUCUAAACCUGGCGGAACCUCUUCAGUUUGACCAAUAUGUGAGACCGAUCUGUUUACCUUUACGUCCUCGGUUUCUGACGAAGAAGGACGCAUUCAUAGCUGGGUGGGGAAGGACAAACGAAACUGCAUCGUCACCUUGGCUCCACUACUUCAAGACAAAGAUUGUGCCAUUUCAUGAAUGCCAGAGGACAUACCGGGCUCUGCGAAGGAAGGACGCUGUCGGAAGUGCAGAACUUGUUUGCGCAGGAGUAAAAGGCAAAUCCAUAUGUGUGGGUGACUCGGGCGGGCCAUUGACCAUCUGGCAAAGAAAUCGUCAAAGAUACCUGCAAGUCGGUAUAGCGUCCUUCAGCACCAAGAGGGGCGGAUGCACUAAUCAGCGACACCCGUCUGGAUUCACCCGCGUGUCGCACUUCGUGCCCUGGAUCCGAAGCUUUAUGCAGGAAGACUGGUGAAUCACGCAAGAUGAAACUGGUCGUACGUGUAAGGAAGUGGUGCGGAUUUUCGCAAUACAUGUCUUGACAACUAAUGAAUUCGGAAAGCCUAAAUAAACGCGCCUGCAUUGAUCGAAUGCGGCAUGAAAUGUUCUUGCGCAGAAGGUGUU